AUGGCGAGUGCGGCACGGGGAGAGAGCAGCAAUCCAUACGGCGGCGGAUUGGGAACCGGCGGGAAGUUCCGGAAGCCGACGGCUCGAAGGUCUCAGAAAACUCCGUAUGAUCGACCACCGACUUCUGUGAGGAACUCUGUACUUGGAGGCGGAGAAGACCGAGGUGGCGGCGGCUGGUUGUCGAAAGUGUUGGAUCCGGCGCAGAGGCUUGUUACUUAUAGCGCUAAUAGGCUAUUCGGGUCGCUUUUCGAGAAUCUCCGUCUCUCAGGUGAGAUGCGUUUACAGUCGCCGGAGCAAAGGCAGCUUCCUGAAAGAGAUGUGAUUCCAGAGACGAAUGUAGGACGCGUGGAGAACACCUCUGCUUUGUCCAUGAAGAAUGAUUUGAUUCGGAUGGAAGAUACCAAAUCAUCUGUCAAUCCAACCAAGGAUGGGUUUGUAGAUCUUGAGAAAAUUUUAAAAGAGAAGACUUUUACAAGGUCUGAAGUUGAUCGAUUAACUACCUUGCUGCGUUCAAAAGCUGCUGAUUCAUCCACUGUAAACAGGGAGCAGAGAAAUGAAGUGAGUAUUUUAAGACAUCCACCAUCACAAGAGAGAGAUAAGGCGCAUCCAGAUAAUGGAAGUAUGAACGCCCUUGUUUCAACACCUCUUAAAAGUUCGAGGGCUCUCGAUGAGUGCAUUGCUUCGCCAGCACAGCUUGCAAAAGCCUACAUGGGUAGCAGGCCUUCAGAAGUUACUCCUUCUAUGCUGGGGUUGCGUGGUCAAGGGGUUAGGGAAGAUUCUGUUUUCCUGAACAGAACCCCUUUUCCGUCAAAGUCACCUACAAUGUCACUUGUACCAAAGCCUUCUGGACAAAGAACUCUGGAAAAUGGUUUUGUCACUCCUAGAUCUAGGGGAAGAUCUGCUAUCUAUAGCAUGGCCAGAACACCGUACUCGAGGCCUCACUCCGCUGUGAAGAUUGGGUCUCUUUUUCAGGCAUCUCCAAGCACAUGGGAAGAAAGAUUAUCUUCUGGUUCUAGACAAGGGUUUCAAUCGGGUAUCAAACGGAGGAGCUCAGUGUUAGAUAAUGAUAUAGGAUCUGUGGGACCUGUAAGAAGGAUUCGCCAGAAGUCUAACCUUUCGUCUAGAAGCUUGGCUCUGCCUGCUUCUGAAAGCCCACUUUCUGUCCGUGCUAGUGGUGGACAGAAAACUACACAUACAUCUAAAGAUAGUGCAGAGGAUAUUCCUGGUUCAAGUUUCGACCUUGUCCCUUCCAAGUCCAGUGAGAUGGCUUCAAAAAUAUUCCAGCAACUUGAUAAUCUGGUUUCAACGAGGGAGAAAUCACCUAGUAAAUUAUCAGCAUCCAUGCUACGUGGCCCAGCUCUUAAAAGUCUCCAGAAUGUGGAGGCGCCAAAGUUCUUGGAUAACCUUCCUGAGAAGAAGGCAAUUUCGCCAGGUUCUAGUUAUCAAAAACAGGAAAAAUCUAGAGCGAGUGGCUCUAGAGAAACUUUGGCUAUGAGUGAGAAGACUGGGGCUGUUGAUGGCACAAGCAAAGCAGGUUCGAGUAAAGAUCAGGAGACUCGUGGUAAAGGCGCUUAUGUGCCUCUCACGAGUUCUUUGGAAGAGCAUCCUCCAAAAAAGAGAGCUUUCCGGAUGAGUGCGCAUGAGGAUCUCUUGGAGUUGGAUGAUGAUCAUGGUGCGGCAUCUACUUCAUUUGAAGUGGCAGAAAAACAGAAUGCCUCCAAAGUGGAGAAAGGUCUUGGUAUCAGCAUGCCUAAAGGAGAGAAACCACUUCCUUCGUCCGUGGCCAUACCCUCUACGUCAUAUAUUUCUAAUGGUGAUGCCUCUCAGGGUACUUCUAAUGGAUCUGUGGAAACUGGAAGGAGCAAAUUUGCUGCUUCGCCCAUUGAAGCUGUUCAGCAAAGUGAUAUGGCAUCUGAGCCAACUUCACAAAGCAUCCAAGGGACGGAGAAAUCAAGUAUUUCUCCUGGCAAGCUAAGCUCAGAAGAGAAGGUGAUCUCUCUGGAAGAGCCUAAAAAAGCUGCUCCUGCAUUUCCCACCAUCUUCACGUCACCGGCGGCCACUGACUUAUCUCAAAACACUGGUGCAUCUGCAGACAUCAAGCUAGAAAAGACAAGCAGCUCUGCUUUUGGAGUAUCAGACGUUUCAUCAAAGCCGACUGAAUCAAAUAAAGUGGUUAGCAACAGUGCUGCUGAAGCUGAGUCAACCAUAGAUGGUAGUACAUUCUCAGCUGGAGCAAAUGCCGUCAGUCCACAUCUGGGUAAUGGCUUUCUUGGUUCAAGCCCUUCCUUCCCACCUAGUAUUUCAAAUAUACCUUCCGAUAAAUCUGUGAGUGAGGUGCUGUGCACUGUGCAAUCUCUUGCUGCAACUCCAACUGCCUCUAGUGUAUUUGAAAAGUUGCCUGUUAAGUUUGGGGAACCUGCAGCUCAAUUCCCUGCGUCAUCAGUAUCUGCAUCUACCAGUCAGAUCUCAAAGGAGGCUGAAGUAAAAAACUCAACCUUUGGAAAUUUAAACACUUGCAAGUUUGGUGGUAUGACUUCUGCAGAUACGAGCACUGGCGAUGUAAUUGCUGCUAAAUCCUCAGAAAUUCAAAGCACGCCAAGGUUUGUGUUUGAGACCUCAGCUCCUGCUGUGGCAGACGCAGGUAAUAAUGUCUUUGGUGUGACAUCCUCUGUGGUUGGUGGCAGCACAUUAAACUCUUCUACUGCUGCAUCUUCUGCACCUGGGAGCUUAUCAGUUGGUGUGACAUCUUCAUCAACCCCUGGGACAGAGACCAGCAAAUUUUCUGGGAGUGAUAUAUUUGGUACUGGAAGCAGUGGUUUUGGAUUCAAUGCAGUUUCAUCAGCAUCUGCUGCUAGCUCUCAAUCUCAGGCCUCAAAUCUUUUUGGUACUGCAAAUACUCAGAUGGGUAGUACUGGGAGCGGAACCACAACCUCAACCCAAAGCGUCCCCUUUCAGUUUUCAUCAUCUGUAUCAGCUCCUUCAUUUAAUAUGUCUGGGAACACUUCUUUUGCGUCAAACAGUUAUCCAUUUGGAUCAUCAAAGUCAGACCCUCCAGUAUUUUCUUCUAGCUCAACCCCUCAACUGAGUUCUACAAACUCCUCUGCAAGCUCUAGUGGUACAACGAGCUCUUCCAUAUUUGGGAAAACCUGGCAAGCUCCCAGCUCUGCUCCAGUCUUCAGUUCCCCGUUCACCACUUCAUCUCCUACCUUUAACUUUGGAGGAUCGUCUGCUGCUACGGGUUCAAGCGCUUCUGCUCCCACAUCUUCACUUAUCUUUGGUUUCAGCUCAGCUGCUCCCACCACUUCUCUGCUGCCAGUAUUUGCAGCAACCGCCCCCACAGGACCUCCAUUUGGCAACUCAACUCCCGGGUUUGCGUUUGGUGCAACUGCUCCACCAACUAAUAAUACAAAUGGGUUCAACAAUAACCAACAAAUGAGCAUGGAAGACAGUAUGGCAGAAGACACAGACCAAGCUAAUAAAGCAUCAAUGGCUAAUCCGUUCCAGUUUGGACAACCGUCUGUCUCAAUGCCUCAACCAAACUUUGGCUUUGGCGGACCAUCAGCAACGCCGCCUCCAUCAAUGGCUAACCCGUUCCAGCAGUUUGGAGGCCAACCGAUGGCAAGCACACCGCAGAACGCAUCACCUUUCCAGGCAUCCCCUAGUCUAGAGUUCCAAGGAGGAAGCUUUUCACUGGGUAGCACUGGAGGUGGCGAUAAGUCAGGCCGCAGAAUCUUCAAAGCAAAGAAAUCCAACAGAAAGAAAUAA